CGCCGUGGGAAACCUGACCGUCCGCAUGGCUGCGGGUUGCUCAGCGUCUCCGCGGCCGAAGGCGGCCUCAGAAGGGCCGGUGGUGGGACCGGCCGGCGUCUUGCCUUGCCUAGAAUUGCCUACCUACGCGGCCGCUUGUGCGCUCGUGAAUAGCCGCUACUCCUGCCUGGUGGCGGGUCCGCACCGAAGACACAUCGCACUGUCGCCGCGCUACCUUAACAGGAAACGCACCGGUAUCCGAGAACAGCUCGAUGCCGAGCUCCUGCGCUAUUCUGAGAGCCUUUUAGGUGUACCCAUUGCUUAUGAUAACAUCAAAGUAGUGGGUGAAUUAGGAGAUAUUUAUGAUGAUCAGGGACACAUUCAUCUUAACAUUGAAGCAGAUUUUGUUAUUUUCUGCCCUGAACCAGGGCAAAAACUUAUGGGUACGGUAAAUAAAGUGUCUUCCAGCCACAUUGGCUGUUUGGUACACGGGUGCUUCAAUGCCUCCAUUCCUAAACCUGAGCAGAUGCCAGCCGAGCAGUGGCAGACUCUGGAGAUAAACAUGGGUGAUGAACUAGAAUUUGAAGUAUUUCGUUUAGACUCAGAUGCUGCUGGAGUAUUCUGCAUUCGGGGAAAACUAAAUAUCACUAGUUUACAAACCAAGUGCUCUGCAGUUUCUAAAGAAGUAACAGAAACUGGCACUGAGGAAGCUACUGAAAAACCUCAAAAGAAGAAAAAGAAAAAGAAGAAAGACCCAGAGCCAUAUGAAGUGGAAAGUGGUACCACAGAGUUAGCAGAUUUUGCAGAUGUUACCAUGAAGGAAGAGACAGAUCUUCAGAUUAAUAACAAUGUGAAUGGCCUCUGGGAGGAGGAGCCGAAGAAGAAGAAAAAGCACCAGGACCCUGUUUUCCUAGGCAGUGACUCCAGUGGUUACCAAAGUGACCAUAAAAAGAAAAAAAAGAAAAGAAAGCACAGUGAGGAGGCUGAAUUUGCACCACUUUUGGAACAUGCACCUAAAAAGAAAAGGGAAAAGUAAUUUUCUUUAGUGCAUUUUAAAUAUGAUUUGGUUUUUUAAAAACUGAUUUACACAAAAGAUGACUAAAGUUUGAAGUAUGAAAUGUUUUAUAUUCCAGUACUUUGCAAAACAGGGAACAUUUGAUGAGGAGUUGAGUUUUUGGUGCUAAAAUUACAAAACAGAUAAAUUUGGGAAAUGCCAGUAUUAUUAAAGUGCCAUUUUACUAUAUACAGAA